GGUGGAAGAUAUAAAAGGGUCAGACUUUACAACGGUAUACGAUACCAUCGACUUCAACAAUGCAAGCUCCGCCCACAUACUCGGAAUAUCCAACCGAGUUGCCAGAGCUAUUCCCGAUAGGCCGUCACCAAACCAGACCGCUCGUCAAUUGCAAAGCCAAUUUUCUGGUGUCGCGGCUGUAAAUCAAGACUGGGCCUGGAUCGUGUUUGUGAACAGAGCGGUUUAUCGGUUUUUUGCAUGGACCUGUGCAAAGUGGAUGCUGCCGUCUCCUGGAUUGUACGUCGACAUGAUGCCACCAUUAGACGUGAUAAUG